CUGACGUGAAUGAUAGUGUCAGUGUGGAUAUUCUAGCCACAUCAGAGCUGAAAGAAAACAUUUCUUUUUAUCAGCCUUUAAGUGAAGAAAAUCCAUUGAUAAUUGUAGUGCAGACUCCCUGGCAAAAAGAACUCCUGAAAUUACAUCCACAUCCCAUGAUGUUCAUGGACGCCACCUACAAAAGCAUAACUUCGUAUGGCUAUGCAUUCUAUGCACUUCUUCUGAGCAACAGCAUUGGUAGAGGAGUUCCAUUUGCAUACUUCAUAGUCAGUGAGGAAUCAGCAGCCACACUCUCUCUCUCUGUCUAGAAAAGCUUUCUAGCUCUAACCCUGGUUUUUAUCCCAGGUUAGUAUCCUAUUGCUUUUGAUCAGAUUUUUCAGUUUAUUGACCAGAGAUAUGUAUUGUUAUUUGCUAAAACUCCAUUGAGGUUAACAUUCAUUUAAAUGAUGCAUUUUUAGUGCUGUCAGAGUAAGUUAUUUUUUUAAACAUGAAUAAUUUUGCCAAUUGUGGGGUAUUUAACUUUUUUAACAGAGCCUAGUGACUUAUUAGUGUUGUUUCACUUUUAGUUUUUGCAUUUACUUUUGAUAUUUAUGGUGAUAUAUGUAAACUUGGCAUGUCUACUGCGCAAAGGUUUAUAUAUAUAUUGCUUUUCAUUUAUAUUGAAAUAUGGAUUAAAUUUUGUAUCCUCUCUCUCUAUUCUCUUUUCAUUCCUCUGUAGGUCAGUGAUGGUUGACAAGGACCUAAAAGAGCUCAAGGCAAUAGCACAGGUUUUUCCUUCAGCAAAGGUCCUCAUAUGCUGGUUUCAUGUUCUGCAGGCAGUACACAGGUGGUUGGUAAAGAGAGAUGGAGGAAACCUUCCAGUGGACCAAAGAAACAUGGUCAUUCAGGCAAUGGCAGCAAUGAAGGUGUGCCUAACGGAAGAGGAGUUCAUCAACACAGCCGACGUAAAAUGCAAGGAGCUGGAUUCCUACCUUGGCAGUUCACAUGUAACCGCCUACUUGAAGCCUCAGUGGAUUUCUUGUGGACAGCUGUGGUCCAAUUUUGGCAGGUCAUUCAGUCAUGAGAACAGUGAAACCAACAACAAAGCAGAAAGAUUCUUCCUUACAAUUAAAUAUCAGUUUCUAAAGGGAAACACAAACCGGCGGAUUGAUCAGCUGCUUCGCUUGCUGUGUGGAGAUCUCCAGAAAUAUUAUUGUUACAUGGAAGACUUGGCAGAAAUUGGACGGAUCAAGGGAGCCAACACUGAAGACUUUUCUAAUGCUGUCAAAAGUAUGAUUGAGAAAGGGCUUGAUUCAAAAUGUACAAUUAAUGAAAAUGGAACAUGUGUUGUUCCACCUGAUACAGGUGCACAGAAUAACACAGUUGAUUUGGUGAUGGUUAAAUGUGACUGCAGAAGAUCCAAAAGUGGUGCCAUGUGUAAACACAUUGUUUUCUCAAAAACAGUUGCACAGCAACAAGGAAUAGACAUUCAGGACAUCAGGAAUUCUGUUGCUAAAAAAAUAAUUAGCAGUCAUUCAUACUUUUCAGAUGAGGAAACCCUCACAGUCUUUCACAGUGAUGGGAGUUCAGGAACUAUAAAUCACAGAAGUUCAAACUUGUGUACAUGUGUAGCAAAUAGUUAUGGUGAGAAAUGUGUCUGUGUUUUGGUUCGUAGCAUCCUCUUCUUGGCGCAGACACCUUGUGAGCUGAUCUCAAAUGAUCCAGUUUGCCACAAAACACCCAUGAUAAAGUCAAAGGCUGACUUGCAGACCAUGCUAACAGACCUUAUUAAAUGGAGUCAAUCAGACAAGUACACUAAGAAUGAAGAACUGUACAAGACAGUCGAGAGGGCACAUAAGCUUGUUUUUUCAAACUUUUGUAGUCUGUCUAGAAAAAGAAGAACAACAGCACUACAUGCCUAUCGGCAAAGGAUAAAGAAAGCACAAAAAGCUGUCACUAUGAAUUACAUUUGUAAACGGAAAAGCAGAGGGAAAAAAAAAAAUUAGUAAAAUUGAGCUAAAUGUAAAAAGAGUUUUCUCCAUCUUCAAGCUGCUCUUUAGGAGAUACAAGGUUUUAACAUUGUAAUAAUAUGCAAGUGGUUUACAAUGAAUGUUGAUGUCAAGUUCUUGAGACACUUUAAUGAGAUGUAUAGAAUGCAUUAUCUGUCAAUUGUAAUUGUUUUAAGUUAAUAACUACCACUGUCAGAAAUAUAAGAAGCCCUCUUUCUAUUGCAGUAUUUGAAAAGAAAAAGAGGCAAACGUGUUAGAAUCAUAAGAUGUUUUCAACAAAUGAUAAUGAAAUUCCUGUAAGUUAACUAUGAGCUGCUAAUUUAUAGUUGAGUUGAGAUUCUCUUUUAAAAACAUCUGCAAAACCCCCAAGUAGUCAACUUUGUAAUUGCAUAGAAUUGUACAAUGUACUUGUUUUGGAAAUACCUUGAUUUAGAUGAGUUUUCAUAAUUCCUACUGUGUGGAGUACCACAAUUGUGUCAUGUUUGGAUUUACUGAGAAGCUCUUUCAAAUGUAUUUGAUUUGUUUAUUUGAUUUACCAACUGCUUCACACUGGGAUUCUCCAAUAUGGUGGAAAAAUAAAAUAAACAAAUAAUAAAAA